UCUGAGCAGCAGCAAAAAUGCUUUUAGACACAAAGUUGCGGUUUGGGGGUUAAGUUUUGUCAGGAAAAACAAAAGGCAGCCAGAGUUCUGCAGAUAUUACUACAAAUGAUCUAUACAUCGUACACGCACUCUGAAAACACAGCCCAAGGCAGCCUCCCAGCCUGUAGGAGGAAGUUAGUCAGCGUCUUAAACCUGAAAGCAGAGGCAGACGGUGCAGGACGCCAAGCUGAGCGGAAACUACAUCAGACGAGACGGCGUUGUGUGUUUCUGAGAGCCGAGCCGACCGACAGCAUGGCGUACUCAGGGUUCUUCGUGGCUGUGCUGUUUGUUCUGAGCACUCUGCCGGGGGCACUAACCGACAGCGCCGUGUCCUGCUACAGGAUUGAACCGGGAACUGUGGCGGGCAUCAUCUGUGCAGAUUUGUUGCUGACUCUGAUUAUCGUCGUCGUGACGUACCGAUGUGCCCGCUUUAAACGUCAGAAGCUAGAAAAGGCUGACAAGGUGUACAUGAAUGUCCGGGCCAACUGCAAACCCACAUAGAGCUUGCUGCAACGUUUUAGUCUGCUGUAAGAAAUGACUCGGUUGAAAUGUUUUCUUCUCUACUCACUGGGACUGCUGUGCUCCUGAAGGCCUUAAAGCGAGCAGAUUUCUUUGUGACGUUUGUUCCUCAGAGCUGCCUCUCAAAAAGUCUGCUAAGAUACAAACUUUAAGCUAAAAAAUAAAAUAUAUCUUUGACACAGUUAAAAGGUACGUUUUAUUUUUAAACACGUUUUUUGCUUCCGCAGAUGGUUUUAUUUUAGAGCUAUUUCCUAACGUGAGGAAUGAUGUUUAAACACAAUGUUUUAUUUUUUAAAACUCAGGUAAAAUGUUAGGUACAAAAAAUAUGUAAACACAAAACGACAGAAAAUUAAUUCAUUUAUGAUCAAAUGAGUUUGCAUUUUAAAAUGUUGGCUCUAACUCCAGCCGACAUCGCCCUCUGCAGGUGGUUUUUGAUUUGGCUUCUUGUUCAGUUAUUUCUCCCAAAAACAGCAGAAAAGAGAUGAGAAAUGAUAAAAGAUGCUGCUUUUCUGUACAUUUUACUGCUUAAUGAAAAUAUAAAAUGUAACUUUUACUUUUUGAAUAAAGCUUUUUUUAAACUAUUAGAAUGUGUUGAUUUCUCUUAAGCAACCCUUCAAAACAACGUCUAAAAAAAGCAAAAUAAAAGUGUUAGAAAACAAUCAACAUGCAAAUAAUUUAGAAAUUCAUGGUUAAGUCAUUUUGAAACAUCAGUCAAAGAGUGAAAAUCUGGAUUUGGACAUGGUGCACUGAUUAGCGUUGCAUUUGGGCCUCACGU